AGUCCGACAGCAGUUACAUUGCCAUGAUUUUAUCAUGUUGGCUGCCUGGGCCUUGCAGCUCGGUUCGAUUACCAAUGUUCCAUGGACUCAAGCAGUUUGCGUAAUUAAUCUUCGAGGAAUUAUCUGCGUGAGGUCCGACGGUGUUUAGUGAAUCAGAAGUCCGUGGCUCAAAUCUUCAAUUCCACACGAUGAGUUCUAAUGUGCGGACUUCGAACAGCCGUGUUAUGAUUCUCUUUGCGCAGACUGAGCGAGAUACUUGAUACGGGAGUGAUGAUAAAUAAUAUAACGUUCUGCAGAGUUUGCAUUCUACCGAUUCUACUAACGAAGCGUAGCAAGAAAUUCGCCUUUGACUCUAGCAUCUCGACGCAAAAUGCAGCAACAGGGAACUCCAAAGUUCCUUAAAUUCCACCAGAGCAGCGUCAGGAGCGUUGCAUUCAGCCCACGGGACAGAUAUUUGUUCUGCUCUGGUGGAUACGAUGGGAAAGUCAAUCUCUAUUCCGCGCUACGUAUGGAGCUUCUUAUGUGUUACCAGAUUACGAGGAUGACACUAGCCAAAAAUAUCAAUGCAGUUCGGUUCACUUCUGAUGGCUCCAGGAUACUGGCUGCAACAACCGCAAGGAGGCUGGUGGUAGUCGAUGUUGAGAGAGGUGAACAACUCUUAGCAUACGACAACUCCGCUUUCAGUGGCAGAGAUAGAACUGGGUUGGCUACCGAUCCAUCUGGGCCAAAUAUAGCAGUCGCAGUUUCUGUCAAUGGCAAAGGGCUGACUCUGUUGGACCUGAGGAUGCCUUUACCUCUAGAUUAUAUUCAUGAUUUACAUGGCUCGGUGAUCAGGGAUGUUUGCUUUUUACACUCCUCGUGGCCUUGGCAGAGUUCUAUUCUCACCGGUGGUACCGAUGGUACGUGCAAAGUAUCGUCGCUGGAUGGUCGAGUACUGCAUGCAUUUCAAACUGGCCAUACAGUCAAUUCAGUCUGCGUCACUCCUGAACGAUUCAGUCGAGGUUCUGAAGAUGGAUUUUACAGCUUAGUCAUGAGCGGGGGUGACCUUAUUUCGGCAUACGUACCAGACACUGGGAUACAGGAGCACCUGAAGGAACACAAGGACUUCCCUGUAUGGAAACUCAGAUACACAUCGAAUGGAAGUACGUUGUAUUCCGUGUGUGACGGUGGUAUUUUACGAAAAUAUAGACGAUAUCCAGAUCAUCAUGAGUACCUUGGCGAAGUCUAUCGUCACAAGGGUGACAUUCAGGACUUCGAUCUGUCUUCUUACGACGAAUACAUAGUGACCGCAUCAAAAGAUCGCAGUGUUGGCGUGCUUCUGCUGGGUCCACCUAACCACGGUUUUACCGAAUAUAUGGAGCUUACAUGAUGAUACAAGCGAUCUCAAUCCGUCCUGAAAUUUUUUUCAUCAAUGCCUUACAGCUGAACAAUUAUUAUGGUGCUGUUGGAAAUUCUGAAUUUUAAAUCCAGUGAAGAUAAGGCAAUGCUAAGAAUCCUAGAUUAUUCAAUUCUUAUGAAGGCCUAUAUAUACAACGACAAUUCGUACGUGUAAUACGUUCGUAACAUUGUACGUAAUGUAAUGUAACCAUAAGUGUUACAAGUUUUUGCUACAUUGCCGCUUUUGUGAAUUUGUCCAAAACUAAAAUUUCAUUUCGUCAAUUUCGUCCACCUCUAGUAGCGUGGCUUAUUUCUCGAGAGAAGCACAGAAUAUUUAUUGCUCGCUGGAACCUAAGACCUAAACUGUGUCAAACUCUUCAUAAUCACACUAGCAAUCAAAUCUCGUUUAAGUCUUCUGAAAUUCGUUAUUGAAUAUUCGUACAAUUUAUUUUCGGCGAUCAAUAUUGAAAUGCCAAGCUAAGUUUGAAUGAUUUUGUACAGCUCGUAGCUUCAGCAAUAAAUUCAAAUUCUUCAAUUUUACCGAUGAUUCGCGAAUGUCGAAAUGAUUCAUCCA